GUGUCAACUCGAACUGCAAGAUGUCCAAGGCCAAAGAUUACAGCAGCCAGUCCUACACUCCCGGGACUACGGGUCCCGCGAAGAGCCAACCGACCAACAAGGUGGACGGGGCAGGGAAGUCCCGGGAGAAGGACGACAUGGUGGGACUCAACGACAAAUUCGUCCGGCUGAUUGACAAGGUGAAAAAUCUUGAGGAUGAGAACAAAAAACUCGACACAAAGCUGAAGAUCCUCAAGGAGCAGGAGGACUACGAGGGGAAAAUCGACGAUAUCGUGAAGCAGCUGGGGAACGAGAUGGAGCAACAGAUCGAGAACUUGCUCCGCGACCGAGAAAAGCUGCAGGCCGACCUGCAAAAGAAGCAGGACGAGGUGGAGGACACCAAGAAGAGGUAUGAAGAAGAAUUGGUAAAGAAAGCUGAACUGGAGAAUGAAUUUGUCAUCACCAAAAAGGAUGUGGAUGAAGGUCACCUGGAGGCGGUGGAUCUGGUUUUGGAGCUGGAGGACUUGAUGGGAAAACUGGACUUCCUCAGGGUUGGAUAUGAUGAGGAGAUCAAAGAGCUGGAGUCUCAGGUGCAGAACGAGACUGUGGUGUUGCGUGACGACAGCAAACGGUCUCUGGACAUGGACGAGAUCGUGGAGAGUGUCAAGAACCAGUAUGCCAACAUGGCCUCCCGCACCAGGGAGGAGGCCGAGCAGUGGAACCAGAGGAAGAUGGACGCCAUGGUCCUCAAUGCAGGCCAACGUGAGCAAGAAGUGCGUGAUUUAAGGAGGGAUAUUUCGGACAUGGUGCGCCUCAUUCAGAGGCUAAAUGGAGACCUGGAGGCUCUUAUGAGAAAGGAAGAGGCUCUGAAGAAGGAGAUCAACGAGGUGAGGACAGAAGGCGACACCAGCCUGGAGAAGGCCCGGGAGGACAUCACACAGGUGGAGGACGCCCUGAGGCGCGCCAAGCAGGACUUGGCUGGACAGAUCCGUGAGCACCAAGAGCUGAUGAACCUGAAGCUGGCUCUGGACAUCGAGAUCGCCACGUACCGCAAGCUGCUGGAGGGCGAAGAGCAGAGAAUGAGGGAACUCAUGCGCAAUGGAGAUUUCUAAAACCAAACCAAUCCAAGUCCUUACUUGCACGCAGACGUUCACCUGCCAUCGAAGCCACACCUGCCAGAGAAGCAACGAGCCCCCGAACACACUGCCAUCCCGGAAACCACCAACACCCCUGCAGACGGCGUUAUCAUGCCAGUGUACCCUGCCUCCAAGAAACGAGUGCUGAUCAGAGUGGAAGUGGAGGCAGGAAAAGUCGUGUCUGAAAGCUCCAUUUAUCCUGAAGAUUAACUUGCACUGUCUGCCCCUCCACAAGCUGUGUAAAAAAAUCUACAAAAUGUGAAUUUAAUGAGUUGAUUUCAAUUCAAUCUUUUGAUAUUUGAUUUGAUAAUUCUGGGUUUUUGUGAUUUCUGGUCAGGUGAACAGUCUAACAACAGCAUCUUCUAAGGAUAAUCAUAAUUAUCCAGGAAUCUGGGCUUGAAAUUGGACAUUUUUUUUAACUCAUGCAGUAUUUUUAAUAAGGUUUUUAAUCAUUGUUUACAUUUGGAAAGACUCAUGGAGUGCCUUGUUUCAUCAAAGUCUUUUUCAGCUUUCUUUAAUUUGUUUCUUUCAUAUACUUUUUCCUUAAAUCACAUUUGGUCUUAAAGAGGAUGAAAAUGGAUUCUGGAUUGCUGCUGCAUACAUCAAAUGGUUUACAAUCAUAAAUACAGAAACAAUAUUUUAGUCUGUGUUGCCAUGUGUCUGUCUUGGAAAACAUAAUAAAAACUGAAAUGUAGUUGUCAAGCCUGAAGUGUUGGAACUGUUCUCUCUUUCACAUUUACCUGUGCCUUUUUUACCUCAAAAAUAAACAGAAAGAAAUCAUAAGACAUAGAUUUACUGUUUGUAUGAAAAGUGCA